CAUAAUCUCUUUGUUUUUUCAGUUGUUUACUUAAACAUCUCUCGCGCAACAUAAAUUGUUAUGCCUCCAGCUGUUGUACUUACAAUCAUCCUCCUUCCUGCUUGACAUUUGAAACCUUAAUUUUCAUUAACACAACUGCAGAAGUAUUUUGUUUAUAAAUAUAUUCAGAAUGCAAUUUGAUUCUACUUCAGGGUCUGCCUCAAAGGUUGUAGGUGCAAGUGGAAUGGGGCAGCCUAAUGGACCGGAAGGUGUUAGGGGACGAAAGAAGAGCGCUACGUCAAGGGGACACCACAGGUUUGUGGGAGUCAGACAAAGGCCAUCAGGGAGAUGGGUUGCAGAAAUUAAGGAUUCACUUCAGAAAGUUAGGCUAUGGCUUGGCACAUUCGAUACAGCAGAGGAUGCUGCACGGGCUUAUGACGAUGCUGCACGUGCUCUUCGUGGUGCUAAUGCUAGAACCAACUUUGAGCUGCCACAGUCCUCGACCCGUAACAGCUUGCCAGAGAAUGCUGAGCCGUUUUCAUUCGAGCAAGCAUGUGGGAAAGAUGAAGCUGAGGAAGGUCUGCUCGGGGCACUUAAGGCCAAGCUCUAUGAUGGAAAUAAUCUGCGGUCAUUAAUUUGUCCACAGCUCAAUACCACUACUCCACUGCCAGCUUUGCAGCAGCAGCAGCAAUCUAGUCAUGUUCUUACAGUCUCACAGCAGAAGAAUCAUGUCACAAAAAGAGAUCAUCUCGCGAUGUCUAUGCCUUUCAUGGCGACUCCUACCAAGACUACUCCAAAUCAGCUCAUGCUUCCUUCUAACUUUGAACAGCCUCCCAAAAAAAUUGACAACAACUUUCUACCGAAUGAUUUGAAUAGCAGCCACGACAACAACCCGAUUGAUUUCAUGGCUAUUCAUGAGCAACAGUUUGGUGGAAUGAAGUGGCAGAACCAAGGUACCGAUAUAACAAGCUCAAUGGUGUGGCAGCAGCAGCCUAAUGACAUGCCUUGGCAACCCUCAUCAGAUCUCAACAUGCACAUCCCACAAGAUCAGAAUGCCUUCUUUACUAAUUCGACUACCAUGACUACUCUACCCUGGCAAUUUUCAGGGACAGGCACGCAGUCCGCGAUGAUUGAUCAUCAAAUGUCUCAUUACACUGAUGGUCUUUGCUACAAUAAUCAGCAACUAUCAAAUAGUAACAAGAUGUCUGAGUACAACAUUCCAGUCACAUAUGGCAUAACGAAUCAAGUGGCGAAUGAGGGAGAAUUAGACGUGGGUGUAUGCGGAGGAGGAUCAACGAUCUGGUCACCUGAUCAGCAGUUCACUAGCGGCUGGGGAAGUACUGGGAAUGGUGGUGUUAAUAUAUCAAAUAACUGGGAGCAAUUAUUAUAUGCAUCAUCUGUGUUAGGGUGACAUUUGUACUACAAGUUAUAGUAUUAAUCACCCAACAUUGAAAAUUAGAAGUUGUAUAAGUAGCCAAUGAUCAUCAAUAUUAACAUGAUUCUUUCAA